GCGGGCCCGGCCGUUCCAGGUGUGAAGCUGGGGGAGGCGCGCAGAGCGCGUGCUCGGGGAUUCCAGAUGUGCCGGGGGCGCGCAGCGCGGCCACGAGCCCGGCCCGGCGGGGAGCGGCGGGCGCUGCGGACCCGGCGGGGAGGAGCCGGACGGGGUGCAGCCCGACAUGGAGAGCGCCAUCUACGACACCCUCCUGGAGACCACGGACGGGGCCGGCGCCGACGCCGGCGGGUACCUGCCCUACCCGCUGGGCUUCCAGGUCUCGCUCAGCAGCUUCCUGCUGCUGGAGAUCGUGCUGGGCUGCAGUGGCAACCUGGCGGUGCUGGCUCUGUACUGCUCGCAGCCCGGCCUGGUGGACUCGGUCAGCACCGUGGUGACCAUGAACCUGCAUGUGCUGGACACGCUGGUGUGCCUGGUGUGUGCGCCCCUGACCGUCGCCGUGCUGCUGCUGGCGCCGGAGCACAACGGCCCGCUGCUGGGCUGCUUCCACGAGGCCUGCGUCACCUUCGGCAGCGUGGCCACCGCCGCCAACGUGCUGGUCGUCAGCCUGGACCGGUACGACAUCUCGGUGCGGCCGGGCCGCCGGGCACUGACGCCCAGCCGCGCCGCCCUGCUGCUGGCCGCCGUCUGGCUGCUGUCUCUGCUCGGCUUCUUCCUGCCCUUCUUGGAGCUGGAGAUCCUGCGGGGCCCCCGCCCGGCGCUCUGCCUCCGCGUCCCCGGGCCCCAGGCCGAGCCGGCCACGUGCUACCACCUGCUGCUACAGAUCCCGGCCUUUGCCGCCACCGGGGCCGUCAUGCUGCUGACCUACGCCCGGGUCCUGCGGGCCCUCGACAUCCGCCUGAGCGGGCGCCGCUCCCGCAGCCAGCGCCGCCACAGCAAGCGCCGGAAGCGCCGGAAAGGGGCGGAGCCGGGUGCCGGCGCGGGAGAGGCCCAAAGGCCGGUACAGGCGGCGCCGGCGCUGCCCCCCCAGCCCAUGCGGGUGCAGGCCUCGGUCUCGGUGAUCGUGGCGCUCCGGCGGGUCGUCAGGCGGCACCGCGACCGCCGGGAGCGCCAGAAACGGGUCUUCAGGAUGUCGCUCAUCAUCGUCUCCACCUUCCUGGUGUGCUGGGCGCCCAUCUCCAUCGCCAACCUGCUGGUCUUGUGCCUGGGGCCCGGCCGCCUGCUGCUCCAGCUCCGUCUCUGCUUCCUGGCCCUGGCCUAUGGCACCACCGUCUUCCACCCGCUGCUCUACGCCUUCGCCCGCCAGAAGCUGCGCGCCGCGCUCCGCAGCAAGCUGAAGAAGCGGGUGGUGUCGGCGCUGCAGGUGGACCCCGUGCCCGGGGGCACCGUCCUACACAACUCCUGGGUGGAGCCCCACAAGGGGCGCCGGGCCCGGCCCACGGGCAGCGCGGGGGCACAGCGCUGCCCCACCCAGGGGCUGAGGGAGUGAGUGGCUGGCCCACGCCGGGGCCUGGCUGAGCGCAGCCGGCAGGACACAGACUGCACCACGCUCACUGGCCAGGCCAGGCCAGGCAGCUCCACUCCGGGGCGCCGGGGAGAAGCUGGGCCCGUCGCACCCGCCCUGGCCGACCAGAGGGGACCCGCCCAGCUCCCAGCAGCCAACUCCGUGACCUGGCCUGAGCUCCCCGCAGACCAGCACCGGGACGUCCACACUGGCCCAGGCGCAUUGCCAGGCUGGGUCCUGGCUGGGGGCUGGGCCCCCUGGAACUGCCAAGGGCCCUUGCAACCCCCGCGUCAGGAACGGCUCCUCCGGCUCCCGCCACCGGGCCCCGGGCCUGGGCGCCCCAAGCCGGCUCCACGCUGGGCGAGGGGAGGGGCCCGGCUGGUGCUGACUGAGGGGCCGAAGGAGAAGGGGGCGGGAGACCCUGGGGCCCUGCGGCCCCUCCCAGGGCAGGGCCCUCCCCCUCCAGUGACUGGGGCUGGCUGAGCCGGCCCAUAACAGUAUUUCCACCCUCAUCAUCGCGGGUGGGAGGGUCUGGGGGGGACAGCUCUGUGUAUCCAUGGGGGGGGCAGUUCU